AUGACUCCCACAUCAUCUUCCUCAUCCUUUCACCCUGCUCUUCUUGUUUCUAAAAUCAAGACACAUGUUCCCAUCACUCUUGAGAUGGAGAACGUGCAGUAUACAAAUUGGGCGGAGUUAUUCAAGGACGAGAAGGCCACAGAGCCGACCACCCUUAGUCAGGAAGAACAAGAGCUGUGGGAUACGUUGGAUGCUGUUUUGGUUCAGUGGAUUUAUUCCACGAUUUCGACAGAUCUCUUGAACACCGUUAUUGAAGCCGAUGUUUCUACCAUGACUCUAUGGAAUCAUCUUCGCGAUUUGUUUCAGGAUAAUGACAACUCUCGUGCCGUUUCCUUGGAACACGAGUUCAACAACACCUACUUGAAGGAUUUCUCCUGGGUUUCUGCAUAUUGCCAAUACCUCAAAACACUUUCCGACCAACUCAAGAAUGUGGGUGCUCCGGUUUCGAACAAUCGUCUUGUUCUUCGCAUGGUGGGUAGUCUCACACCGGCUUACAAGGGAGUUGCUUCUGUUAAUCGCCACAAAAAGGUACUACCACCUUUUUAUGAAGUUUGA